AUGGAGUGCAGUGGCAAGGUGACACCCCAGCUGAUGAUGGCUGUAGGGACAGCUGUGAUUGGUUCUCUUCAGUUUGGUUACAACACUGGCGUCAUCAAUGCUCCUCAGAAUGUCAUUGAGAGCUUCUACAAUGAGACAUGGAGCAGCAGGUUUUCAGAACCCAUCCCUCAGACCACUCUAACAGCUCUGUGGUCACUUUCUGUGGCCAUCUUCUCUGUGGGAGGAAUGUUGGGCUCCUUUUCUGUCGGUCUCUUUGUUAACCGCUUUGGCAGGAGAAACUCCAUGCUCAUGGCCAAUGUGCUUGCAUUCAUUUCCGCCAUAUUUAUGGGCUUCUCCAAGCUGGCUGCUUCCUUUGAGAUGCUCACUAUCGGACGUUUAAUUGUGGGUGUCUAUUCUGGCCUGUCCACUGGUUUUGUGCCCAUGUACGUUGAGGAAAUCUCACCCACAUCCCUUCGGGGAGCAUUAGGAACUCUGCACCAGCUUGGUGUAGUGAUCGGCAUUCUCAUGGCACAGAUUUUUGGGAUUGAAUCCAUCAUGGGGAAUGCAUCCCUGUGGCCCCUCCUGUUGGGUUUUACUCUGCUACCAGCUGUGCUGCAAUGUGUCCUGCUGCCCCUGUGUCCUGAGAGCCCCCGAUACCUCCUCAUCAACUGCAACGAGGAGAGCAAAGCCCGCAGCGUCCUAAUCAAACUGCGGGGCACUGACGAGGUGAGUGAGGAAAUGGAGGAGAUGAAGGAAGAGAGCCAGCAGAUGAUGAAGGAGAAGAAAGUGACCAUCCCUGAGCUAUUCCGCUCCCCCAUGUACCGCCAGCCCAUCUUUGUAGCCAUCAUGUUGCAGCUGUCACAGCAACUGUCUGGUAUCAAUGCUGUGUUUUACUACUCAACUAUGAUCUUUGAGCGAGCAGGUGUGUCCCAGCCUGUCUAUGCAACUAUUGGCACAGGAGUGGUCAAUACUGCAUUCACUGUUGUUUCUUUGUUUGUGGUGGAGCGUAUGGGCAGGAGACCCCUUCACCUCAUUGGUUUGAUGGGGAUGGCAGUCUCAGCAGUGUUUCUAACUGUUGCCAUGGCAUUGUUGGACCAGCUCAAGUGGAUGUCUUACAUCAGCAUUGUGGCCAUCUUCAGUUUUGUAGCCUUUUUUGAAGUUGGCCCUGGCCCCAUCCCAUGGUUCAUCGUGGCUGAACUCUUCAGCCAGGGGCCCCGUCCUGCUGCCAUUGCAGUUGCUGGUUUUUCCAACUGGUCCGCCAACUUCCUAGUGGGGAUGAGCUUCCAGUACAUUGAGCAACUCUGUGGGCCCUACGUCUUCAUCAUCUUCACCAUCCUGCUGCUCGGCUUCUUCGUCUUCACCUACUUCAAGGUUCCAGAAACCAAGGGCUGCACCUUUGAUGAGAUUGCAGCGGGUUUCCGCCAGUCAGCUGGUCAGGGAUCUGACAAGUACUCUGCCCCAGAGGAAUUCAACACCCUGAGGGGGGAUGAGCCUGAUCUUUGAAAGUCUGUAGGCGUGGGGAACACUAAUUUCCAUGUUUUAAAUAUUUUAUCAACUAAUGUUAGAGCCAGUAAUCCGUACUGUCAGCGGUUUUGUUUUCACACAGACUGUAAUAUUUAGAUGGUCGAUCAGUGACCUGACCAAGGAUGUGUUACUGUGGGCUUGAUUUCCAGCACCUGUCACACAUCCCAGUAGGCUUUUAACAUGAAGCGAGUGUUGUGUAGCAACAGGAGAAGCAGGGUUGGUUUAUAUUAUAAGUAGAUGGGUAUGUUGUAUAAUUUUAUACAAUCUUUUCCUUAUUUAUUAAAGGAAAUAGAAUUUUAAACCUUCAGAACAUUAAAAUUUUUUUCAUUUUCUUUCAGUUUUGAAGUUAAAGGUACAAAUAUUAAAUGUCUCUCUGGCCACAUCAAUAAAGGUGUUUCAUGUUUCCAUAGGUGACGGAAA